AUGUCUACCCGCUACCAGUAUCGCCCGCUCAACCCCAAGAGGCGAGAAAUUCGCGUACUCUCCAUCGAUGUCAAUAAUCCUACGGCACCCGCUGAGCCAACUCCACUGGAGUGCACGGUAGAGCGCAUUUCGCUCACGGCCUGGAUUCGACCGAGCUACUACGCUGUAUCAUACGUGUGGGGCGAUGCUUCACGGCUCGCUACGAUCAAGCUCGAUGGGCAGCUCGUACAGAUCCCAUAUAAUUCAGAGCAGGCUCUUCGGUGUCUCUACCGACGAACAAAGGACGAAAAACCGGUGUAUUCGCCCACUUCUGAUGAUGGGCGUGUUCGGAUUUGGCUCGACGCGAUAUGCAUCGACCAACACAACGUAGCUGAACGAAACUCCCAGGUGGCCAUGAUGGGUCUCAUCUAUCGAGCGGCCGUCAGAACGCUGAUCUGGCUAGGCGAGCCUGACCAGUCGACGCACGCCUCUGUGGAAUCUGUGCGACUCAUUGUUCAACAGUGGUGUGACUGGUCGGCCAUCGAAGCGCUUUACGGGAGAGCAUGGUUCACCCGUCUUUGGGUAGUUCAGGAAGCCCUCCUCGCGGAGACUGCCGUG